UCUCUCACUUUUGAGCGGUUGCCGUAAGGGGUUUCGGAUCAUCCUAAAAAUUUACAUACGUCGUCGUGGCCGCCCGGCGUCCCGAAUCAUCGUCGAAUCCAUUCGCCAGACCUUCUCAUAAUCGAAUCGCCCUUCGAUCGAGAGAUUACAUAACCGACGCCGCCGCCGCGCGGAAAUCGAUCGUUCCAUCGACGCCCCAAUUGUAGAAUUUACUUCGUUGAAUAUAUAGAGUGUUAAGAAAAUGCGGAUUGCUCCGUGGUCAAUUCGGCAGCAGAUGCUGACUUCCCAACGAUCCUUUUCUUUCUGGCCCGGCAUUGCUAUCAGCCCUUUUUAGCUUGUGGAGUUUGCCGGACAAGCAAGAGCGGGAAAUCUAUACCUGUUCAUAUAUUUGGGUUUGCUACACCAGUUGUUGGAGUGGAUUCUUGGAAGUGAUUAGCGCACUAUAGAUUCACCGCUUGAGGUUGUUGUUUUCAAUUCUUAUGGGCUCGUUGGCAGGAAAAUCAGAACUGGAGCUUGAAGACCAGCACCUAGUCAGCUCUCAAGCAAUUGCUAGCAAGACCACCUCUCUGGAGAUAACUCUUCCCAGAUCUUUCAUUGGUCCUGAUAAAUAUGGCUGUAAAUGCAUACUAGAUACCGUAAUACGCAGUGUAAAAAUUGUUCUGAUCUCCAACAAGUUGAACUUGCUUGUUCCUUGUGGUCCUUUGGCAAUAUUAUUUGAUAAGCUUACAAACCAACAUGGGUGGGUUUUUUUCCUAAGUUUGUUUGGCAUCAUUCCCUUGGCCGAACGUCUGGGCUGGGCUACAGAGCAGCUUGCUUUCUAUACUGGACCUACAGUUGGGGGUCUUCUAAAUGCGACAUUUGGCAAUGCAACGGAGCUGAUUAUAUCUGUUCAUGCACUUAAAAGUGGCAUGAUACGUGUUGUUCAGCAAUCAUUAUUGGGAUCCAUUCUUUCAAAUAUGUUGUUGGUUCUUGGAUGUGCUUUAUUUGGAGGAGGAAUUGUUAAUUGUAGAAGGGACCAAGUGUUUGAUAAGCCAACCGCAGCAAUGAACUCAGGAUUGCUCUUGAUGGCGGUAAUGGGUCUCUUGUUUCCGACUGUUCUCCACUUCACGAGAACUGAGCUGCAUUUUGGCAAGUCUGAAUUGGCACUUUCUAGGUUUAGCAGUUGCAUUAUGCUUGUAGCAUAUGGAGCAUACAUUUUUUUCCAGCUGACUUCCCAAAAUAAUCUCUACACACCUGUAAAUGAGGAGGAGAGUUCAACUAAUGGGAGCUCAGAUGAUGAUGAUGAAACACCUGAGACAUCGAAAUGGGAAUCAGUUAUUUGGUUACUUAUAUUGACCUCUUUGAUAUCAGUUUUGUCCGAAUAUUUGGUUAAUGCUAUAGAGGGAGCAUCUGUUGCAAUGAAUAUUCCGGUUGCAUUUAUAAGUGUCAUUCUGCUCCCAAUAGUUGGGAAUGCAGCAGAGCAUGCAGGUGCUGUUAUGUUUGCGGUGAAAGACAAGCUUGACAUUUCUCUUGGAGUGGCAAUAGGCUCAUCGACCCAAAUAGCAAUGUUUGUGAUUCCUCUGUGUGUGGUUAUGGGAUGGAUCAUGGGAUGUCCGAUGGACUUAAACUUUCAACUAUUUGAGACUGCAACUCUCAUUAUGACUGUUCUUGUAGUGGCAUUCUUGCUGCAGGAGGGAACCUCAAAUUAUUUCAAAGGACUGAUGCUUCUUCUAUGCUACCUUAUAGUCGCCGCCAGCUUCUUUGUACAUGUAGACCCUGAAUCUGUCCAGGACAAACCAACCGGCAUGCCGUAAAAAUCAUAUGAAUGCAGGAGGCCAAUGGAGAGAACCUUCAUGUGUUUCAGGUUUGAUGCUGUAUGGUUUACUGGAUGCAGAAAUUUUUUACUGUAUUAUCAAGAAUUUUGUGUAUAUAUAUACAUACAUACAUACAUACAUACAUAGUGAAACAGAAUAUAUGCCAUCUUACAAACUUGAGGAAAAUCUAUAGCUGCUUUUUUCAUGAUA